AAAAUGGCUCACAAUCAAUUUAAACCAAUUAAAUCUAUUGGAAAAGGAGCAUUUGGACAAGUUUUUCUUGCUGAAAAAUUGAAUAAUCCAAGGAUUAAAGUAGCAAUGAAGAAAAUCAAUAUUUUUGGAGCACCAAAAGAGUUCCUGGAACAAAUUCAACAGGAAUACUAUAUUCAAAAAAAUAUGAAACAUAAAAAUAUUGUUAAAAUGUAUGGAAUGAGUAUGGACACCGAAUUCUGUUACUUAUUCCAAGAAUUUGUAACAGGAGGAGAUUUAUUUGAAAAAAUCGAUUUUGAAAAUGGAAUGCCAGUGAAUCAGGUCAAAGGAUAUUUGAAACAGUUGAUGUCUGGACUCAAGUACAUCCAUGGAUGUGGAAUUGUUCAUCGGGAUAUUAAACCUGAUAAUCUAUUGAUUAAUAGUUCAGAUGCCCUGAAAAUCGCAGAUUUCGGACUUUCAACCCGAUUUAUUGUGGAUGACAAGGAGAUUCUGUUGCAUGAAAGAAUUGGAACUACACCAUUUAUGGCUCCAGAACUCUUUGCCAAAAAGAAGCAUCGUGGACCUCCAGUGGAUAUCUGGUCAGCUGGAAUUCUUGUUUUCUCGUUGUUAACUGGAAAUCUUCCUUGGGAUGAGCCAAAAGAAUCAGACAUUCUAUAUUCUCAAUGGAUGAAUAAUAAAACAUCUAAGAACUGUAUCUGGUACGGCCUUAGUACUCCAGUAGUGAGAUUCCUGAAGAAACUUCUGAAGGAAAAUGUUAAUGAAAGAGCAACAAUUGAGGAAAUUGAGUCAGAUCCAUGGCUUGAAGAUUUGGAAGAAGAAAGAGAGAAUUGCACCAAGUUCCCUACUUCCACACGUAGAAAAAGAAGUUUUCCAAAAAUCAGCAGAAGAAUCACUUGCUCCAGUAAUUCAGGACAAUCAUCUGAACAAAGUGGAUGUUCUGAAGGCCCAGCUGCAAAAAAGAUGAGAUCCGAUUCUUCAGAAUCUAGCUUCUAAAUUUAAUUUCAAAUUUAAAUUUUCUUUUUUCUAUUUUUGUGAUAUUUUCCCUAUUUUCAAUGUCUAAACGAUAUUUUUUCCAUUGAAUGUGUAUCUAAACGUUUCGGUGCCUUAUGGGGUUAUUCAAGUAGUGUCGGAAAAUUAAAAAGUGUAGAAAAAUUACGUCACAACUGUAUUAAAAUACAUAAAAACAUGUAUUUUAAUACAUUUGUGACGUCACAAAUGUAUUUAAAUACAUUUUGCUACAUUACUUGAAUUACCCCAUUAAUCUAGCAUUUUAUACUGAUUUUCCUAUUUUUCACGUUUUACCUGUUUCACUUGUCUUAUUUAGCUUUCGGAAUCGAAGUUGUAAAAUUAUUCGUUUUUCACAUCAGAUAAAGUAAUUUAAUUUAGAAU